GACGGCACUCAACCAGCUCAAGACACCCAGGUCGACGGCGCUGUUGAGACCCAAGCCGCCACCUCCAUCAAUGGCACUGGCUCUGGCGGCGGCCUUACAGCGCUACCACCCGGGCCCUCCUCUGUGCUGAUGCAUGGUUACACUGGCUACGGCCUUACAGGUUACGGGGACCAGGCUUUCUUCUCCAAUUCGAAUCCUCUGAGCACCUUCCUCUCUACGCCGGCUGGUAACCCAUUCCUGGCGGCACGGGCACUGAGGUUGUACGGCAAGCAGACAGCCAAUGUAGUCAUGGAGACCGAGCCCCAAGCUGCGGCAGACAUGCUUGCCCUUCUUGCGUGUACGGACCCCAAGUCUUGCCUAGUGGAGUUGGUCAGGCUCAAGGACUUUCUGUCCAAGCCCAGUGCGCCCGGCCAAGGCAAGGUUGCUGCAGAGCUGGUGAUGCAUGCCCCUAUCCUGCUCACCACGCUACUGGGCCAGGAAGCCUAUGAGAACUUGUCCAAGACUAAGGGCCAGGCACGUGUCAAUCUCCUUCAAGCCAUGCUCCACCAUCAGCUUGCUGGAUACAACGGCAAAUGCAAUGAGAAGGUGGGCUGCACGCCCUCAGUGGAGCCCCUGCCUCAAGAUCGACGGCUUUCAUUUGGUGUGGCUGCCUCUUCAAUGGCUCCAACUAUGAUGCGGCCUAGGCCUUUCAGUCCCUCAGCGGCCGCCAGGACAGCUGCCCCGCCCUCAGGCCGUCCAUCGUUGCCUGCCA